GCCUGAAACUUUUACAUGCGUCUAAAACAGAACUUGAUGUCGAGUGGGGAAAAUGGAGUGCUGUUUGCAGCAGGAAACACCAAAACAAAAGCAUAGAUAAACAGAUUAUUGUGAGGUUUCUUGAUAGAUUAAUAGAACUAAAGCAUAAAACGGGUCGUGAAAUACCUAAGGACUUAAACGACUUGUACCUCAUUGCAAAAACAGAAUAUGAGUACUUGAAGAAAUACAGCGAACUUGCAGGCUAUGUCAAGAGUCCUCAAACUAAAAUGGAAAAUAGAAACCCGAAAGGUGGGCCUAAAUCAGUGUCUGAGGAAGAAAAGAUGCUUGCGGCUCAGCGUGUCUACAAAACUAAUUCAUUCAGCAAACAGCAGGAACUAAACGAGACCAAUGACCUAUCAGAUCUGAAUAAUAUUCAGGGCCCUCAUAUAACUGAAGAGCAAGGACCAGACAAUGAAGCACCCACUCCGACAGCAAGAGACUCUCAAAGAUCGCCAAUGGUGUGUAGAUCGAAUAUUUCGAGUGAAUUGCCGGUCAAAUCGGAGACUGUUAGCGCUGGGGAUAUUUCUGAGGAUACUGGAACUCCGGACGCUAGCCAAACUGAAUAUAUGGAACAAAUUACGUCUCUGUCGAAAAAUAGUGGACCUACCGAAAUUUCGAAGGUAUAUCAGUCAGUCUAUACAAAUGACUGGAAUAAGAUAUUCAGCAGCGUCAGGAAAGAGAAUAGUGAGAGACAUUCGAUUGAAUUUCUUAAGGAAAUUCUAAAAUUGUCGUAUGAUACAAGUGUGGAGAAUGCAAACAGUCAGAUUGAAUUGAUGAUGAAAGAAGCGAUGGAACUUGUUCGUGGAGAGAAAUCUCCUACAGACAAGGCAAAUAUGCAAGGAGAUGUUGAAAUUCUAAAAGAAUAUAGACGUAUGAACUCUACCUUGUCUUUACCAUACCUUAAACAGAACUUCUUUAAAACACAUUUACCAUUGUUGCAACAGAAGUAUUCAAUACCCGGAGAUCCGGUUCCGAGCAAAAAUUUGCUUAAAUUUGUAUCGAAAUGUGUAGAAGUUACAUGGUUUGCUUGUAUCCACGAUCCGUCUUUGGUACUCGGCUUUAACUUUGAACCUAAACGGGUGGAAGAGCUUAAUCAGGCAGUUACUUCUUUCAAACCUGAUCAGAAAGGAAGGAGAUUGCAGUAUAUUGUAUGGCCACCGCUAAGACUUUACAAGGACGGACCGAUCAUUAGCAAAGGCGUAGCUGUUCUGAUGUAACCCUUAUAUAUACCAUGAGGAUAGUUCAGUUGAAUGAUAGAAUAUUAUUUUAAAACCUGCAAUGCAUGAUAUAUCUCUUACAUAUACAUUUGAACAGUCUGGGUUAAAUUUACUGACAUUGAACUUGUUGGUUUAAUAGCUAUGAUACAUAAAAUAAGGAAACAUUUGGUACAUUUCUUUAGUAAUAUAACUGUACAUGUAUAAAGAGCAUUAUUUAUAAAACCACAUUGCUCAGUUGAACUGCAAGAUAAUAUGUUAGCAUUCAAUUAUUGGCAAAACGUAUUUCUUGAUUUGUGACAGACAAUAAAUCAUGUCCCUCA